AUGUCUGGCCUUGACGUAGAGGCCCUUCUUGAGUCGACUGCCGCCCCGACCGAUACAGUCCCCCAUACAGAUGAGCAAGAUUAUUCCUCCCAUGCUGACCCCUCUGGUCACCACAACCGUGACCUUUCUCGUGACCGAGACCGCCGAAGAUCCCGCAGCCAUGACCGACGCCGUGAUCGAGAUGUUGACGGCGACCAGGACUUGAGAAGCCCACGCAGCGAAUAUGGCAGUGCUAACGGAAGCCAUAGAAGUCGCCGAAGCCGCAGUCGGGAGACUGAUCGUCGUCGUCCCCACCGCCGUGAUGACCGUGGCGGAGAUUACUACCGCGGCGGCGGCCAUGCCCGUUCGCGCUCGCCGCGUAAUGAUCGUCACUGGCGCCCCUCACGCCGUGAGCACCGUGAGCACCGUGGCCGUAAUGAUGAUCGCCCUUCUCGUCAUGACGGUGACCGUCGACGCCACAGUCCAGGUCCCACUGAUUCUAACAAUACUCCUGAAGUAGUCAAUGAGGACGAGCGAGAUCGUCGUACCGUCUUCGUCCAGCAGCUUGCCUCCCGACUCCGCUCUAGGGAGCUAUCCGCCUUCUUCGAACAAGUCGGUCCCGUCAAGGAUGCUCAGAUCGUGAAGGAUCGGGUUAGCGGACGAUCCAAAGGCGUCGGAUACGUGGAGUUCCAAAGUGAGGAUUCCGUGGGACCGGCUAUCCAGCUUACCGGACAGCGCCUCCUUGGCAUUCCCAUUAUUGCGCAACUUGCAGAGGCGGAAAAGAACCGCCAGGCCCGUAACCCCGAAGCAAGUUCCGCCCCAUCCCAUUCUGCGCCGUUCCACAGACUCUAUGUGGGUAACGUACACUUCAGCAUCACCGAGAAUGACCUUCAGAACGUGUUUGAACCUUUUGGCGAGCUUGAAUUUGUCCAGUUGCAGAAAGAUGACACUGGCCGGAGCAAAGGCUACGCAUUUGUCCAAUUCUUGGACCCUGCCAAAGCACGUGAAGCGUUAGAGAAAAUGAACGGUUUUGACCUGGCUGGUCGCAAUAUCCGUGUUGGCCUGGGUAACGAUAAGUUUACCCCAGAAGCGAAUGGCACUCGUGCUGCAGGUUCAUCCGCAACCCCCACCAACUACCAGGGAUCCUCUUUCUCCGGUCACGGAGGUCGUGGUAUCCAAGCUGGUGGAUCUAACAAUUUCGACCGUGCGGGCGGCCGAGAUAACGAGAAGGGCACCGGCGCCGGUGCUCUCGAUGACACCGACGUGGUUGGAGUUAACUUCAAGAACUACAGCCGAGACGCCCUUAUGAAGAAACUCGCUCGUACCGACGACGCCCCCUCCACCGUGGACGAGCAAAAGUUUGCUCGUCCCAAGACCGAACUUAAACCACUUCCCAUCAACAUCAACAUGGCGAGUCGAUGUGUGUUGCUUCGCAAUAUGUUUGAUAUUUCCGAAGAGUCGGGAGAAAGCUGGAUACAGGAACUAGAGCACGAUGUCCGCACUGAGUGCGAAGCAAAGUACGGACGUGUUGUUCACAUCUCGCUUGACCCCAACUCGACAGGUGAUAUCUACCUAAAGUUUGACCGAGUCCAGGGCGGUGAGAACGCGAUUAAAGGCCUCAAUGGCCGCUUCUUCGGCGGAAAGCAGAUCACCGCACAACCUGUCGUCGAUGCUGUCUAUAGCAGUCUGUUUUCACGAACCCGCGCGAUUUAA